UUAAACUUGGCCGACGACUUCACUAGUUGACUUAUUUCUUCCUUUAUCCUUAGAAUUGAGGGGUUUUUUUUGCUGUCAUGGAGUCAGAAAGCGACAUAAAAACGACGCCGAAAGGUUUUCACUGCUGUCUGUGUAACGUCAACUUACCAAACCAGCCAAGCUUGGAUCAGCAUGUGAAAGGGAAGAAACACCAGACGUUGUCCACUGUGAGAGCCACGAGGAAGACCCAGGAGGAGCACAGUGUGUUUGUCAGCGGCAUCAAACCUGAAAUCUCUAAGAAUGACCUAGCAGAGUACUUCCAGAGGUUUGGGCCAGUCUCAGAUGUUAUCAUGGAUAAAGACAAGGGGGUGUAUGCCAUCGUGCAGUUCAGUGAUACUGACAGCAUACAGAAAACGUUGUCCUGUAUUCAGCAUCAGAUGAAAGGCCUGCAACUGCGUGUCAAACCCAGAGAGAAGAAGGAGUUCAAGUUGAUUCCCAAGAAGAAGAACGACUCACAGAACCUCCAACAAGUUCUCGACCGUCUCAAACCUGGGCUGUGUCAGCUGUCGUGUGUGAACGAGCAGAUGCAGUACGUUGUGGAGCGAUGCGAGCUUGGAGAAAAUGAAAAGAAGGCUCGAGGCUUGCUGGUUCAGCUUCUGCAAGAGGUGUUCAUUGAGUUUUUUCCAGACAGCCAGAUCCUUCCAUUUGGUUCAUCUGUCAACACCUUUGGCAUCCACUCCUGUGACUUAGACCUGUUUCUGGACUUGGAAAACACCAAGGUCUUCCAGGCCCAUGCCAAGUCCUCCACAGAACAGGCAGGGGAGGGCAUGUCAGACGAUGGCCGCUCUGAGGACUCCAUCCUGUCUGAUAUUGACCUGUCCUCGGCCUCUCCAGCUGAAGUUCUGGAGCUCGUGGCAGCUAUCCUGCGGCGCUGCGUUCCCAGCGUACACAAAGUCAACGUGGUCAGCACAGCUCGUUUGCCUGUAGUCAAGUUUCAUCACCGUGAGCUCAACCUGCAGGGGGACAUCACCAUUAACAACAGGCUUGCAGUAAGGAACACCCGCUUCUUGCAGCUGUGUUCGGGGAUGGAGGACAGACUGAGGCCUCUGGUGUACACGCUGCGCUACUGGGCCAAACAGAAACAGCUGGCUGGUAAUCCCAGUGGUGCCGGUCCCCUGCUCAACAACUACGCUCUGUCACUGCUCAUCAUCUUCUACCUGCAGAAGUGUGAGCCUCCUGUCCUCCCCACAGUGGACCAGCUUAAAAUCAUGGCCUGCGAGGAGGAAGAGUGUGUGAUUGAGGGCUGGAACUGCACUUUCCCCAGUCAGCCUAUUGCUGUGCCCCCCAGUAAAAAUACCCAGGACCUCUGCACCCUGCUCGCUGGCUUCUUCUCCUUUUAUGCAAAGUUUGAUUUUGCAAGUAGUGUCAUAUCUCUCAGGGAGGGGCGUGCACUCCCAAUCACAGACUUCCUAUGUCAGAAUAAAGGGGAGGAGGCCAUGGAAGAGGAGCAACCCAGCAAGCCUCAUCAAACUGGUCCCAGACUGGGCCCCCUAAAUCUCUUGGACCCCUUUGAGCUUUCCCACAACGUAGCUGGAAACCUGAAUGAACGCUCUCAGCGCAGCUUCCAGAAGGAGUGCGUAGAAGCCGAGAAGUAUUGCCGCAGCCUCCAGUACCAGCGCAAAUCCACAAAAGGGAAGUCAUGGGGCUUGGUGCGUUUAUUCACGCCCCAUGGGCAGGUCCCAAGUACCAAAACAGAGCAGUUGACCAUCAGCAUUCCCUUCAAAUCAGCUUUGCUCCCACAAGUGUUGCGUAACCAGCUGCACAUGGCGGGAGAUGGUUUCCGGCUGCUGUGGUUUCAGAAGGUUUGCUCUGCGGUGGAAGGAGUAUUCCAAAGUGUACUCAAAUGUCACCUUGAUCCCUCUACAGAUGCCAUCUUUGGCGAGCAUUCAGCUGUCGAUGCAACCGAGGAAAUGGAAAGUACCUCAGCCUCCCUCAACGCAUCAAUAAAUGACAGUUAUGACAGUGUUGAAUACCCCGAUGAGACCAGCCCUCUGGGUACAGCUGUGGUUGGUGCCAAGAGGCCACUGUCUUCUGGCAGUGAUGCCUCUGUGUCGCCUCAUGGAAAAAAGCCAAGACUUGCAAAAAGGGGCAAGCCUGACUUCCCUCCCUGGGUCUGGGAGCAAAAUCAUGUAGUGUGGGCUGGCAGGAGGAAAGUGAGAAGGGAGCUGAUCAAAGAUGGUGACGCAAGGCCAGAGGGCAGUUGUAUGGAGCUGGAGUCACAGGUCACAGCUCAUAUCAUUGAAAAAGAACCGCCACUUAAAGACCCAUUGAAGUUCAAGGUUCAGCCCCAGAUUGUGGGUGGGACAGAAAGCACAAAGGCAGUGCUCAAGUUGGUGCCCUCCGCUGACAAGUCAGGAGUUUUUCAGGACUUCUUUCACUUCCUUGAAGCUUUCUUACCCAAGAUGGUAGAGACAUUACUAGAGAGAGAAGUGGGUAGCACUUAAAAAGGGACAUAUUUUAUAUAUGUCUCCAUUAAAUUUAAGAGAUUUGUUUUUGUUUGUUUGUUUUGAAUCAGAGAUGUAAUGACUGCAACUUGAGUGAACCCUUGAGAGUAGGUCAUAAAAGAGCAUCAUGCUUUAUAUUGACCAGCCAUCCAUUAUAAUUAUAUAUUGGCAAUGGGCUUUUUCAGAAUGUCGAGUUUGUAAUUGUUUUCAUACAUACUGU